AUGUCGAAACCCGGACGCACCGAGUGGCAACCUCCAAAGCCUAGCCCCAUUGUGGUGGAGUUUGAAAGGCGAUGCAAGGUUGCGAAAGAGAAACCAUUUCUCGAUAAAAAACCAAUGAGCGAUACUGCGGCCGCUUGUAGCUGGAAAGAUUUCAAGCGACCACUACUGGGGCGAUUCAUGUGUCACGAAAGAAUAGACUUCAUCAAAUUGCUCGGAUAUGGGGAGGAUGGUAUUGUCUGGAAAGUCAACAUAGGAAGCCAAGUAUAUGCGCUUAAAGCGUUUUGGGACAAUCAACCACCAGAAGGGACGAAAUACUGGGCAUUCCAACGGGAAUGCCAAAAUGCGUCGCUGCUAGCCAAGAUGCGACACGCCAUCAACGAUUCACCAGAUCCUAUCUGGCUGCAUCCAAACCCAACAACAUUCCGCGACGCAGCCUCCAAUCUCAACGCCUUUUCCAACGAGGGUCGCAGCCGAAAACUGUAUCGAAAGACGCCGGGCGCAGUAGAAUACAAUACCGCACCUCGUCUAAGAGAAUGCUAUGGUUGGACACAGCUAAGCGGCAAGGAGCUUCGUGCAGUGCCUGCGAACCUGCGUCCUCUCGAGGUGAGAUCGGGUAACCAAGUGCGCAAUUUCUGGCCGACCGAAGAAUAUCACGCGAUUCUAUACGAAUAUGUGCCCAGUAGCGACGCAGGGCUGGAUUCCAACGUGGUGCAGGCGCAGUUGGAUUUCCUUUGGCUUGGUGGGUGGUGUUUUCUGGACUUGAAGCCGGAUAAUUGGGGAGGUGCUGGCAUCUUGCUCGAUAUGGCAGAUCCUAUAAGCCUUUGGCAUGCUGGAUGGUUCAUAGGUCGGUAUGGGCAGAGAUGCGCAAGAGAGCUGACUGAAGUUGUCUGCAAAUCACGACCUGCUGAGGACCACAGCCAGGUCAAUGUAUCCGUAGUUCAAUAG